CCACGUGACACGACUUCCUUUUACCUCCGAAGCGUGAUGGCGGCGGCCGGCUUCCGUGCGUUGGGCCUGGCGCCGUGGCUGGCGGAGCAAGCCGAGCAGCUGGGCCUCAAGCGGCCUACUCCGGUCCAAGAGGCCUGCAUCCCGCCCGCGCUCCAAGGCCGCGACUGCAUGGGCUGCGCCAAGACCGGGAGCGGGAAGACGGCCGCCUUUGUGCUCCCGGUUCUGCAGCGGCUCUCGGAAGACCCGUACGGCAUCUUCUGCCUCGUCCUGACCCCCACAAGGGAGCUGGCCUACCAGAUCGCCGAGCAGUUCCGCGUCCUCGGGAAGCCUCUGGGCCUGAAGGACUGCAUCGUGGUGGGCGGCAUGGACAUGGUCUCCCAGGCGUUGGCGCUCUCCCGCCAGCCCCACGUGGUCGUGGCCACCCCGGGCCGCCUGGCCGACCACCUCCGCAGCUCCAGCCCCUGCAGCCUGCGACGCAUCAAGGUCUUGGUGCUGGACGAGGCGGACCGGCUGCUGGAGGUGGGCUGCACGGACUUCACGCGGGACCUGGAGACAAUUGUGUCGGUGCUCCCGCCCACACGGCAGACCCUGCUCUUCAGCGCCACCCUCACCACCACCCUCACCCGCCUGCAGCACAUCGCCCUCCACCGGCCCUUCUUCUGGGAGGCCCCCUCCCCGGUGCAGACAGUAGAAGAGCUGGACCAGCGCUACCUGCUGGUCCCGGAAAAAGUGAAGGACGCCUACCUGGUCCACCUGGUCCAGACCUUCCAAGACCAGCACCCGGACUGGGCCGUCAUGGUCUUCACCAACACCUGCAAGAACUGCCAGCUCCUGAACAUGAUGCUGAAGAAGUUCAACUUCCCUUCUGUGGCCUUGCACUCCAUGAUGAAGCAGAAACAACGCUUUGCUGCUCUGGCCAAGUUCAAGUCCAGCGUCUUUAAGAUCCUCAUUGCGACCGACGUCGCCGCCAGGGGUCUGGACAUCCCCACGGUCCAAGUGGUCAUCAACCACAACACGCCCGGUUUGCCCAAGAUCUACAUCCACCGCGUGGGACGGACGGCGAGAGCCGGCCGGCACGGGAUCGCCAUCACGCUGGUGACCCAAUACGACAUCCAUCUCGUCCACGCCAUCGAGGAGCAAAUUGGGACGAAGCUGCAAGAGUUCUCCGCCGAGGAAGGCGACGUCCUGCGCAUCCUCACCCAAGUGAACGUGGUGCGCCGCGAGUGCGAGAUCAGACUGGAGGCGACGGAUUUCGACGAGAAGAAGGAAAUCAACAAGCGGAAGCAGAUGAUCCUGGAAGGAAAGGAUCCGGACCUCGAGGAGAAGCGGAAGGCCGAGUUGGCCAAGAUCCGGAAGAAGAACGGCGAGUUCCGCCUCAAAGUCCAGCAGACCUUGCACGACCGGCAGAGGCUACGGCUGCAGAGGAAACGACAAAAGCGCGAGCGGCGGGAGCGGCGGAAAGAAGCGGCCGGAAUCAAGAAAACAGACGCGGCAGAAGGGAGCGGUGGGAUCUGAACCGUACUUUAGUGCAGAGUUGGGAGGGAGAAACUAUUGUGGAGCCAUCUCCCUGUUCCCGCUGUUCUUCCUGGCAUUUCCUCCCCAUCUUCAUGUUUAACUUGGGGACUCUCCGCCGUCACUUCCGACUCCCAAAGGCCAUCUAGUCCAAUCCUACACAAUGCUAUUGUUCUUUCAUGUCCUUGCAAACUAUCGUAGAGUCCUCUCCCUGUUCUUCCUCUCCAUCUUCAUGUUUAACUUGGGGACUCUCCGCCGUCACUUCCGACUCCCAAAGGCCAUCUAGUCCAAUCCUACACAACGCUAUUGUUCUUUCAUGUCCUUUCAAACUAUCGUAGAGUCCUCUCCCUGUUCUCGCUUCACUUCUGUUCUUCCUCCCCAUCUUUAUGUUUAACUUCGGGACUCUCCGCUGAAGACACAACACUAUUGUUCUUUAUGUCCUUUCAAACUAUCGUAGAUUCCUCUCCCUGUUCUUCCUCCCCGUCUUCAUGUUUAACUUCGGGACUCUCCGCCGAAGCUGUCGCUUCCGACUCCCAAAGGCCAUCUAGUCCAAUCCUUCACAACACCAUUGUUCUUUCAGUCCUUGCAAACUAUCAUAGAGUCCUCUCCCUGUUCCCACUCCACUUCUGUUCUUCCUCCCCAUCUUUAUGUUUAACUUCGGGACUCUCCGCCGUCGAUUCCGACCCCCAAUGUCCAUCUAGUCCAAUUCUACACAACGCCAUUGUUCUUUCAUGUCUUUUCAAACUAUCAUAGAGUCCUCUCUCUGUUCCCGCUCCACUUCUGUUCUUCCUCCCCAUCUUCAUGUUUAACUUCGGGACUCUCCGCCGUCGCUUCCGACUCCCAAAGGCCAUCUAGUCCAAUCCUACACAACGCUAUUGUUCUUUCAUGUCCUUUCAAACUAUCAUAGAGUCCUCUCUCUGUUCCUACUCCAUCUCUGUUCUUCCUCCCCAUCUUUAUGUUUAACUUCGGGACUCUCCGCCGUCGCUUCCGACUCCCAAUGUCCAUCUAGUCCAAUUCUACACAACGCCAUUGUUCUUUCGUGUCUUUUCAAACUAUCAUAGAGUCCUCUCUCUGUUCCCGCUCCACUUCUGUUCUUCCUCCCCAUCUUCAUGUUUAACUUCGGGACUCUCCGCCGUCGCUUCCGACUCCCAAAGGCCAUCUAGUCCAAUCCUACACAACGCUAUUGUUCUUUCAUGUCCUUUCAAACUAUUGUAGAGUCCUCUCCCUGUUCUUCCUCCCCAUCUUCAUGUUUAACUUCGGGACUCUCCGCCGAAGCCAUCGCUUCCAAUUCCCAAAGGCCAUCUAGUCCAAUUCUACACAACGCCAUCCUUCUUUCAUGUCUUUUCAAACUAUCAUAGAGUCUCUGUUCCCUCUCCACUUCUGUUCUUCCUCCCCAUCUUUAGGUUUAACUUUGGGAUUCUCCGCCGUCACUUCCGACUCCCAAAGGCCAUCUAGUCCAAUCCUACACAACGCUAUUGUUCUUUCAUGUCCUUUCAAACUAUCAUAAAGUCAUCUCCCUGUUCCCACUCCACUUCUGUUCAUCUUUAUGUUUAACUUCGGGACUCUCCGCCAUAGCUUCCGACUCCCAAAGGCCAUCUAGUCCAAUCCUACACAACGCUAUUGUUCUUUCAUGUCCUUGCAAACUAUCAUAGAGUCCGCUCCUUGAUCCUGCUCCACCUCUGGCAUUUCCUCCUCAUCUUCAUGUUUAACUUGGGGACUCGCCGUCGCUUCCUUCCUUGAAGUUUCAAGCUCGGACGCAUCAAGGCGGGACGCAUUUCCAUCAAAGGGGAAUGGGAUGUGCCUUCAAUUACAUUCAGGGAAAUUAAGAAAUAAAUAUUUUACAUUUUGGA